GAACAGCCCCUACUCAGCUUGCAGGUUCCUGCGCGCACCCGCCCUUCCUGAGACCCCAGCCCGGCCGUUGCCCGCAUCCGGGAAGGUUAGCGGUGGAGAGGCGGUGGAGCCUGCGGCUGCCAAGGAGCAGAGAGGAGGGUGGGGAAAGCCCCAACCUGAACCAUGUUUUUCACGUGUGGCCCGAAUGAAGCCAUGGUGGUCUCCGGUUUCUGCCGAAGCCCCCCAGUCAUGGUGGCUGGAGGACGUGUCUUUGUCCUGCCCUGCAUCCAGCAAAUCCAGAGGAUCUCUCUCAACACAUUGACCCUCAAUGUCAAGAGUGAAAAGGUUUACACUCGCCAUGGGGUCCCCAUCUCAGUCACUGGCAUUGCCCAGGUAAAAAUCCAAGGGCAAAACAAGGAGAUGUUGGCAGCUGCCUGCCAGAUGUUCCUGGGGAAGACAGAGGCUGAGAUUGCCCAUAUUGCACUGGAGACACUGGAGGGCCACCAGAGAGCUAUUAUGGCCCACAUGACUGUGGAGGAGAUCUAUAAGGACAGGCAGAAAUUCUCAGAACAAGUUUUCAAAGUGGCCUCAUCAGACCUGGUCAACAUGGGCAUCAGUGUGGUUAGCUACACCCUAAAGGACAUUCAUGAUGACCAGGACUAUUUGCAUUCUUUGGGGAAGGCUCGAACAGCCCAAGUCCAAAAAGAUGCUCGGAUUGGGGAAGCAGAGGCCAAGCGAGAUGCUGGGAUCCGGGAGGCCAAAGCCAAGCAGGAAAAGGUAUCUGCUCAGUACCUGAGUGAGAUUGAGAUGGCCAAGGCACAGAGGGAUUAUGAGCUGAAGAAGGCCGCAUAUGACAUCGAGGUCAACACCCGCCGAGCACAAGCUGACCUGGCCUAUCAACUUCAGGUGGCCAAGACUAAGCAGCAGAUCGAGGAGCAGCGCGUGCAGGUGCAGGUAGUGGAGCGAGCCCAGCAGGUGGCAGUGCAGGAGCAGGAGAUCGCCCGCCGAGAGAAGGAGCUGGAGGCCCGGGUGCGGAAGCCCGCGGAAGCUGAACGCUACAAGCUGGAGCGCCUCGCUGAGGCAGAGAAGUCCCAGCUGAUUAUGCAGGCAGAGGCAGAAGCUGAGUCUGUGCGGAUGCGUGGGGAAGCUGAGGCCUUUGCCAUAGGGGCCCGAGCCCGAGCUGAGGCUGAGCAGAUGACCAAGAAGGCAGAAGCAUUCCAGAUGUACCAGGAGGCUGCGCAGCUGGACAUGCUUCUAGAGAAGUUGCCUCAGGUGGCAGAGGAGAUUAGUGGUCCCUUGACCGCUGCCAAUAAGAUCACACUGGUGUCCAGUGGAAAUGGGACCGUAGGGGCAGCCAAAGUGACUGGGGAAGUACUGGACAUCUUAAGCUGCCUGCCAGAGAGUGUGGAGAGACUCACAGGUGUCAGCAUCUCCCAGGUGACAAUCUCUGAGGUGAACCACAAGCCUCUGCGAACAGCCUGAGCCCUCAGCCCUUGCCAAUGCCCAGCCUCAUGGCUCAGGUUCCUGAAUGGUCCCCCCUGUUGUUGCAUGCAUCCCAACCUUCCUCCCUAAGCAUGUCCUUUGACAAUGGGGGUCCACCCCUCAUCCUCCUUGCCAAAAUAGUCUGUGCCUUGUCUUGGAGGGGGUUGCUCUUCUUGACCCCACACUGCCACAACUGCCAGUGCCAGGGGUCCCAUGUCAGCCUUCUGAUGAUUUACUCCACCUCAUCCCAACUUAUUUAACUUCCUAAUUAAAUUACUAUCUUAGC